GUCAUGCUUUGGCAGCAGUGCCAAAAGUCGUCCAGUCACUCAAAUUUGAACUCUGUGGAGUAAGUGGUUAUCGGAAAAUUUUAUGAUUGCAGCUACUCAUAUAAUGCAUUUUGUAAUGCGGACAAAAACAAAUGAUUUGCAAGAGAUCUAAAAACGACGUAUAAGCUAUUGAGUAUCACGAACAGAUUUCUGGACAGUAAUAAUGGAAGAUGUGACAGGCGCUCAGCUCGUUGCUGAGGCACUAAAAGCUCAGAAUGUAGAAUAUAUGUUUGGAAUAGUUGGUGUUCCAGUCAUUGAAGUGGCUAUGGCAGCUCAAGCCUCAGGAAUCAAGUAUGUGGGAAUGCGCAAUGAACAAGCCGCUUGCUAUGCUGCAUCUGCUGUUGGUUACCUCACUGGACGUCCAGGGGCUUGUCUGGUUGUGUCUGGACCGGGACUCAUCCAUGCUCUUGGUGGAAUGGCCAACGCUAACAUGAACUGCUGGCCUGUGAUUGUUAUUGGAGGCUCCUCCGAUCAAAACCAGGAGACCACUGGGGCGUUUCAAGAGUUUCCACAGGUGGAGGCGUGCAGACUGUACAGUAAGUUCUCAGCUAGGCCCAGCAGUCUGGAUAUGAUCUCCUCAGUGAUAGAGAAGGCAGUACGCACUAGCAUGUAUGGACGUCCCGGUGCUGUAUACGUAGACAUAUCUGGGGACAUGGUCAAUGCUAAAGUGGACAGGAGCAGAGUCAGAGAGGUGCCCUGUUGUCCACCUCCUCCAGUGAGUAUGGCUGACCAUAUCGCGAUCACAGAAGCACUGGCUGUCCUAAAAGGAGCCAAACGACCUUUACUCAUCAUUGGGAAAGGUGCAGCCCAUGGAAGAGCAGAGGGGGCUCUGAGGGAGCUGGUGGAGGGGUGUGGCCUGCCCUUCCUGCCCACCCCCAUGGGUAAAGGGGUGCUGCCUGACGACCACCCCAACUGUGUUGCUGCUGCCCGCUCCAGAGCUCUGCUCCAGUCUGAUGUUGUGGUCCUACUUGGUGCCAGGCUCAACUGGAUCCUGCACUUUGGCAUUCCCCCCAGGUUUGACCCCCAUGUAAAGGUCAUCCAAGUAGGUCAAAGUUCACCAGUAGGGUUGUUUUUAAAUUUUAUUUUCAGGAUUCCAGAUUUUCUGCUUAUUAUGUUCUGAUUUCUGGAAUCUUUCAACAAGGAUUUCUGGAAUUUUGGGAAAGUUGCCAUAAAUUUGCAACCCUAGUCACAGGUCAUGAUGUAGUGUACUGCAGUUCAUUAUAACCAGGUAUAAAUGUCUUUGAGUCAGUCUAUUGGAUUUAGUCUGUUACCUAUAUAGCUUCUCUAUAAGUCUGUUGUGGUCUCUCCAAAUAAUGUCAUUGCUGUCAUAGUGCUGUACAGUACAUCUGUAAGGUGGUGUGGUAAAUGGCCAAUAUACCACGGCUAAGGGCUGUUCUUGAGCAGGAUGCAACGCAGAGUGCCUGGAUACAGGCCUUAGCCCGUGGUAUAUUGGCCAAAGGGCUGUUCUUGAGCAGGAUGCAACGCAGAGUGCCUGGAUAUAGGCCUUAGCCCGUGGUAUAUUGGCCAUAUACCUUAAACCCCAGAGGUCCCUUAUUGCUAU